UCAGGUGGUUCUCAGGUAAAUAUAUCAGGUGAUUCUCAGGUAAAUAUAUCAGGUGGUGUCUGUCUCUGAAGGUGGACCGUCGCUCAUCAUGCUGUCCCUGUGACCACGAGAGCGCAGGACACUUCCUGUGACACGCUUUUGUUCCUGUUUUCUGAUUGGCUCACGCUCACUUCCUAUCAGCAUGCAGCUGACCUAUCAGCAGCUUCCGGCUCAGCUGAGGCGGAGUUCCAGGCUCAGGAAACUGACGGCCGCACUGCUCGCCGCCUACGCCUUCAAGAGACUGUCCCUGUACAUCUGGAAGAGGGGGAGCGCAGCAGGUAAACAGCCGAGUCGAGCUAACCUACCUGUGGGCGUGGUCAGCACUGUGGACAAGAAAAAGAGAGCCAGCAAGUCUCCGUCAGUAAACAGGGACUUCCUGUUGAGGUUGUCCCGCCUCCUGAAGCUCUUGUUUCCACGGUUACUGUGUCCAGAGGUCGGCCUGCUCGCCCUGCACUCUCUCACCCUGAUGUCCAGGACCUUCCUGUCCAUCUACGUAGCAGCUCUGGAUGGUCUGAUAGUGAGGAGCAUCGUGCAGCAGGCUCCGCAGCUCUUCUUCCUGCAGCUCUCUAAGUGGAUCCUCGUCUCUCUUCCUGCCACCUUCAUCAACUCCUGCAUCAGGUUCCUGGAGGGCCAGCUGGCCCUGCGCUUCAGGGGCCGCUUAGUGGACCAUUCCUACCAGCUGUACUUCAACAACCAGACAUAUUACCGAGUCAGCAACAUGGACGGCCGUCUCUGUAACCCUGACCAGUCCCUCACUGAGGACAUUGUGAUGUUCACCACAUCGGUCGCUCACCUCUACUCCAACCUCACCAAACCCAUCCUGGACGUCGUGGUCACCUGCUACACCCUGCUGGGCACCGCGCAGUCCAAAGGAGCGAACACCACAUGGCCCUCGGUGAUCGCUGGCCUGGUGGUGGUUCUGACGGCUAAAGUCCUGCGCUCCUGCUCUCCCCGGUUUGGAAAGCUGGUGGCCGAGGAGGCGAAGAGGAAAGGAGAUCUGAGGUACAUGCACUCCCGCAUCAUCGCGAACUCUGAGGAGAUCGCCUUCUAUCGAGGACACAAGAUAGAGCUGUCCCAGCUGCAGAGGAGCUACUUCUCGCUCUCCUCUCAGAUCCAUCAGAUCCUGCUGAAGCGUCUCUGGUACGUCAUGCUGGAGCAGUUCCUCAUGAAGUACGUGUGGAGCGGCGCCGGCCUGCUGAUGGUGGCUGUACCCAUCAUCACCGCCACCGGAUACUCCGAGUACGACUCUGAGGAGGUGAAGCAGGCGGCUCUGGAGAUGCAGGAGGAGGAUCUGAUGAGUGAAAGGACUCAGGCCUUCACCACGGCCCGGAGCCUCCUGAACGCUGCUGCUGACGCCGUGGAAAGGAUCAUGAGCUCCUACAAGGAGGUCACGGAGCUGGCCGGUUACACGGCUCGAGUCUCUGAGAUGUUGGACGUGUAUACAUAUAUACAUAUGUGUAUAUAUACAUAUAUGUAUAUAUACACAUAUGUAUAUAUAUAUAUGUGUAUAUAUACAUAUAUAUAUAUAUAUAUAUGUAUACAUAUAUAUAUAUAUAUGUAUACAUAUAUAUAUAUAUAUAUAUAUAUAUAUGUGUAUAUUUAUCUCUUCCCACCUGCAGGUUAGGUGAUCAGUGUGGAGAAUGGGAUUCGUUGUGAGAAUCUGCCAAUCAUCACACCAACCGGAGACGUGGUUGUUUCAAGUCUCAACAUCCAGGUGGAUGACAGGAUGGAUGUUCUGAUCACCGGUCCAAACGGCUGUGGGAAGAGUUCUCUGUUCAGGAUCCUCAGCGGCCUGUGGCCCGUCUACAGUGGAACCCUGUACCGCCCAGAACCAGAACACAUGUUCUACAUCCCUCAGAGGCCCUACAUGUCGGAGGGCUCCCUGAGGGAGCAGCUGAUCUACCCGGACUGUGAGGAGCAGAUGCAGCAGAGGAGGCUCUCAGACUCAGACCUGCUGCAGAUCCUCCACACCGUCAACCUCACCUACAUCCUGGACCGGGAGGGGGGUUGGGGGGCAGUGAGGGACUGGAGGGACGUCCUGUCGGGGGGGGAGAAGCAGAGGCUGGGCAUGGCCCGCAUGUUCUACCACCGUCCGCGCUACGCUCUGCUGGACGAGUGUACGAGCGCCGUCAGCAUCGACGUGGAGGGACAGAUCUUCCAGGCUGCAAAGGAUGCUGGGAUAUCUCUGCUGUCAAUCACACACAGACCCUCCCUGUGGAAGUACCACUCCCACCUGCUGCAGUUUGAUGGGGAGGGGGGAUGGAGAUUUGAGCGUCUGGAUGCCUCAACCCGCCUGUCUCUGCAGGAGGAGAAGCAGCGCCUCGAGAAUCAGCUGUCCGGAGUUCCCAGAAUGCAACAGAGACUGGAGGAGCUGCAUGGGCUGCUGCGGGGUGGUGGGGUUGAUCUGAUGAGCAAGUAAAAGAUUGGAACCACAUUUCAA